GUACGUUUAUAGAGGGCGCUGUGCGCGUAAACACUGUUCGUGUUUCGCGCCAUUGCGGAAAAACGUGUGUGAGAGAUCCACUGUGGUUUUGGGAUAAAUCACCUUUCCCUAGCUUUAAGAAAGAGCGAUUGAUUAUAAUUGCUGUACUUGAUCACUUCCUAGCACACAAUGCACGCCUUUCUCAAAGGAGGAGUGUCAUCGAAGCCAGCUGCUAAAGAGAAGGCAGGAAGUAGCGGAGAGACGGGCAAAACCAGAGAGAGACUCGUCCCUUGGGUGGAGAAAUAUCGCCCUCGGUGUGUGGAUGAUGUUGCUUAUCAAGAGGAGGUGGUUGCCAUGCUCAAAAAGUCUCUGGAAGGGUCUGAUCUUCCCAACAUGUUAUUCUAUGGUCCACCAGGUACCGGCAAGACAUCCACCAUCUUAGCUGCGUCAAGAGAACUGUUUGGGGAUAUGUAUCGGUUGCGAGUGCUGGAGCUCAAUGCAUCAGACGAAAGAGGCAUAGAUGUCAUCCGAAAUAAAGUCAAGACGUUUGCGCAGCUGGCUGCAGGAGGAACCAGGCCCGAUGGACGCCCCUGCCCACCUUUCAAGAUCAUUAUUCUCGAUGAAGCAGACUCGAUGACGAAUGCUGCACAGUCAGCCUUGCGUCGUACGAUGGAGAAACAAUCCAAAAACACACGGUUCUGCUUGAUUUGCAACUAUGUCAGCAGAAUCAUUGAGCCAUUGACGUCUCGUUGUUCCAAGUUUCGUUUCAAGCCCCUCUCUGAAGACGUGCAGCGGAAAAGACUUCUGGAAAUCUGUGAAAAGGAGGGAAUCAAAUGUGGCGAGGAGGCAAUGAACACCAUCAUCAGCACAUCGGAAGGAGACUUGAGGAAAGCAAUCACGUAUCUGCAGAGUGCAUACAGACUCAGAGGGGAGGAUGACAUCACAGUUCAAGACAUCUAUGAGAUAGGAGGGGUGGUUCCAGAUGAAGUCAUGUCCAACUUGAUGAUAACCUGUUCCUCUGGCUCCUAUGAGAAGUUGGAGAGGACUGUUCAAGAUCUCCUAAGGGAAGGCUAUGCAGCAACACAGGUAGUUACACAGUUAUUUGACCUUGUGGUGGACAGAGGUGACUUAACAGAUACGCAGAAGUCGGCCAUAAUGGAACGCAUGGCGAUAAUCGAUAAGAGGCUGUGCGAUGGUGCUGAUGAGUACCUACAAAUCAUGGACGUCUUCACACACAUGAUGGGUCAGAUAUGCAACAUCUGAAUUCCUUGCAUUUUGUUUUAAGAGACCUUUUUUGGUCCUUCCGAACCCUCAAGUCUUUUGGAAACCAAUUAUGUGUAGCAGCAUAGCCAGGGUUCUUACCAUGGGGGGGGGGGGGGGGGGGGGGGUGCGAGUGGUAGUGUGGGUAUCACCUGUUGUCCAAUACAGAGCUUUCUACGUAACCAAUCGUUGAUAUAUCUGUAUAUCUGAGCAAAGCAAAUUUUAUGCGACUUCGUGCACCAGCCAAUAGGAGUCGACUUUAGAAAUGAUGACAUCAUUUCGAUCAGAAAUGUGGACUAAUCUGUUGAUUGGUCCAUUUGGCUGACAUGUUUUUGUAAUACAUGUACAACGGGUUAAGGAAGACCUGAUAGAAUUCUGCUGAAUGGUCGGAAUCUCGAGGUCAAGACGCAGUCUUGUUCACUUUUGCAUAAUGUAUAGUUCUUGCUGUGCACUGGGAUAUUCCACAGACUGGGCUGGGCGAGUGGAUUUCCAGUUGGGGGGUGUGGGGUCAUUGGGGAGGGUGACUAUUUUUGUAUGGGGUGGCAUGCGCCCCUCCACCCCCACCCCCAGGCUAUGCCGCUGCCCCAUGUAAAGCAAAGCACUCUAUCAAGAAGUUCUCCCUCAAAUAAUGUCAAACAGAAAAGAUAUUUUUUUACAAAUCUAGGUCAGAAGCCCAUGCAAAGAAUUUCGACAGGGUUUUGCAAAUUCAGGUGCAGUUGUUUGUGAGUUCUUUGUGGCCUGCCUGUGGGAGUCAGUGUCAGGCAUAUGGCUCUUCCUUGAUGGAUCACCCCUUGCCAUCUAUAAUGCAUAGACCCCACAGCGACAGAGCUUUAUGGCCGCGUCGCCCGAGGCAAUUUGUUCCAAAUAAUCUCCAAAAUGAACACAACAUAUAAAUUUUCAUUCAGUGUCAUGCUCUGUGGACUUCUGAUAAAAAUUAUUGGAAAAUGCACUGUGUUGUCCUGGAGGGUUCCUUUAGGCUGUAUAAGUGUAGUCCAAUUUGGUUGCCUUAAAGUUAGGUGAGAAAAUUGCCUCUUGUGACAUGGUCUUAAAGUUAUAUUCCUUAUUCCUUCAAAAUAGGAGUAAUUUGAGACGUUGAUGGCAGCAAACACACUGGUGGUUUUUCCAUUGUUUGCGUUAUAUUGAGCAUGCGGGUUUUAGCUUAAACAUGACGUAAACUAUUGAGAAGGACUGGUGUAUUUGCUGCCAGCAACGUUUAAAAAGUCUCCCAUUGUCUAGCUCCCGAGUGCGGGUUGCUGAAAAUAGCACUUUUUUUUACAAAACAUUUACUCCUAAAAGUGUUUCAUUUUUUAUUUUGAAAAUCCCAAGCCAGUUUUCACUGAUCCCACGGACCAUAUAUUCCUCUGCCAACAUUUAGGGAUAAUAUAAAUCAACCCUGACCCCAGGAUUUUCACCCUUUCCUGCACCCAUUUUCAUUGCCGUUGUAGUAAAGAAAACAAUUGGAGAUUUUGUUGGCCCUGCUCGGGUUACUGCCUUCAGUGGUGCCUGGCAAGGUUUGGACGUUUGUAUAAGUUUCUUUGGUGUUCACCGAGGCAAACCAAAAUGACCUUUGAGUGACUCGGUUUCAUAAUUGUGCCUUGCAGUGGAACAUUUCUAUGGCUUUGACUAUAGGUUAAGUGAGUGAGAACUCCAUAUGGGGUCCGUGCACAAGUGCCAUUUCAAGGCCAGAAAAGGAGAGUUGGGGGAGACCUAGACUGGUUCCUGGUCCAUCCACUCCGAUUUGGAAGGAUCCAAAGUUAUUGGGGGGCGGGGAUUAGUCUAGUUAAAUUCAAACGUAUUUGCGCGCCAACGAUGCUCACGCGAAGACGCUGUGACCUAAAAGCUUUGGCACAUUCAGGAAGUCGUGCGUACUUUGCGUGUGAAACCAGUACAGUACGCACACGCUGUUUUCCCGUCCAUGGGGCUCUCAAAAGUGGUAAAACGCGCCCUCUCUUGUUGGCGCACAGAUCCAUAGGGCCGUGUCACGCGAGACAGUUUUGUUCCAAGCAAUCUGUAAGAUGAAAACAACGUGGAAAUUUUAAUGCAGUGUGAUGCUCUGAGAACUUCUGAUAAACUGGGGGAAAAUGGAGAUUUUGUUCCCCUACCCAUUGUCUGAAUCAAAUUAAAGUGAGAGGGCCGAGGUCACUGCUCUUGGACUCUCCACCAAGUGAGUGGUUGCUCUCACAGUUACAUGUUCUAGUAAAAAGAAAACGAUAUGAGAAGUGGAAUUGAAAACUUUCAUGUAUGUUAAUGUGAUUCUUACGGAGAAAUGACUUCUAAGAGGAUGUAGUAUGUUAAACAAUAAAGGCAAGAAUGUAGUAUCCAGACGCAACUUAUUUGGUUGUGUACAAAGUCAA